GCCAUUUCAAAAUGGAAUGACUUGGGUGGGGUGGUGGGCUUGGAGAUUCUCCCUUCAUCGGCCUUGUGACUCUUACUAUAUAACUCGGAGCUAAAUGACCAGAGAAAGAGAGAGAUUAAUGAAAGGGGCUUCUUCUGUUCAAUUUAUAGAUUUGUCAGGCCUAAAGCAGCUCAUAGCUGUAGAGGACUCUUUUUAGGUUCAGUGGUUCCAUUGAAGUCCCAUUGAAUUUCAAGCGUUGGUAUUAAAAUAACUCUUUACAGUUUUACAGUAGAGACUUACUGAGUUUAACUAGUAGCACAGAUCUCAAGCAGUGACCAGAUACCAACUGCACUGUCCUACCAAAAAAGUGAGUGACACUCAUAAGUGAGGCAACAGGUUAUUUAUACUCCAGAGUGCAUGCGCCCCUGCCUGGAAACCUGCUUUAGAAACCACCAUAACAACUCCACAAGAAGAUAUUUGUUUUUGCUUGGAACCUCAGCCUCGUUUUUACUGGAAUUAUGGCCUUCAAAGAUGCUAAAAGGAAAGAGUGACAAUAGAAGAGGUUCUGCAAAGUGAUGUGACAGAAUUUUACCAAAGCCCCCCUUUUCUGCUGAGAUUUGGCGUCCCACCACACUAUGCUAUGGAUUUUUGCCCACAGUAUGCUAUGGAUGGAGAUUAUCUUUACAUGAGGAGUCCGAAACACCCUAACUGCUAAAAAACAUGGAAUAUAAAGCUAAACGGAAAGAAAGAAAGUCUGAUCACCUUUUGAAAGGUGAACUACUUAAAAGCAAGACACCUUAAAGUGACCAGUCUGAAAAGACAGAUAGGGACAACUGUGCCCCGCUCAUGUGAGCGAGCGAACUUUUGAAAUGAGCUCUCUGGAAAAGCGCCACACAAGCAGGCGGGGAAGCAUGCAGGGCCACCACAAAUACUCAGAUGGCUUCAGUGACACGUCCAGCGCGGGGAGCUUCAUGGAUGAGACAGACAGGGAAGUGAGCAACCUCACCGACCGUGCUUUCAGGAGCCUGUGCAUUGGAGAGGAGGCCAUCUAUAACGACUCAGAAAUCUCCUCCCCUACUGAACGCCACAAGGCUUUUGCGGAAGAAGUCCAGCAGAAGGAAGUCUUAAAGACCACUUGCAAGGAGACGCUUUCUUAUGGUGUUCAGUACGGAGAGGCUGAGAGACAGUCGGAGGUGACCUCAACAUUCCAGCAUUCCUAUGUGGAUGUAGCACAAGAGCAGGUUCUCAGAGAUGAGCACAUGUCUUAUAUGAGCAAUGGCUCGAUGGAGGCAGCAUGGCAGCAAAGGAGGAGCACAUCCAGAGUGUCUUCUCUUAUUAAGGCCUUCAGCUCAAGGGAGGGCUACUGUGACAGUGGAACUCCUGAUGCUCUGCUGCUGAGAGACAAAUACAGAGACUAUAACAACGGGUCAUGGGACAAGUCCGCUCUGCUAAGUAUUCAGAGAGAACUGUCUGAAUUUUCAACGUACCACCAGAACUUUAAAUCAGGUCCAUUUCAGUCUUACAGAAAUCACUUUCAUGCCUCGGCUGCUGCCAUGGCCCGAAUGGACACUACAACGUCCAUCAUGACAUCCUCAAAAACAAGGUUCCAGGCACUGAACUCAACUAAUUUCUUCUUCCACAGUGAAUUCAGUCCGUUUCAAUUGUGGAAGGAUUAUAACAGGUUUCCCUUCGAAAGAGAAGAGCCUCUGGGUUUUGUGUCAGCCAGUGACUUUCCCAGGUGGUACGAUUCUCCUCUGUAUAAAGAGCUUACAGCCACAGACACGUUUUCGAAUGAAAGGCGCUUCAAUCGAAGAAAAAUUGAGGACGUGGUUCCCACUCAACGCUCCAGGUCCACAGUAGUCCAGAAAGCCCCAGCCAUAGAGAAGAGAUGUGAAUCUGAGAUGGCAUCAAACUGUCCUCCCUGGAAAAGGAAUAAUAAUUUUGUAAGAAACAAACUCCCAAGCAAUCGACCCUCUACUGUCUCACCAACCAACACCAAAACACACAGACCAAAUUCUAGUUUGCUCUCUUACAGCAGGCAUACCUUUGACACCCAACAAAAAGUAGAGAGCAUGGUGGACACACAGACAUCCAAUAGUUCUACCCCGUUCAACAUCACUCAGCUUCUGACACCAGUCAUUCAUGGAAGACAAGAGACAGAAACAUCUGAAAUUCUGCAGUUUUCACAUACACCCUCUCUUCCUGAUUACUCUGUUCAGGGUGAUGUUGACCUAAAAUCACCGUCUGAUGUCAGACAGCUACGUGAUAGCUACAAAUCCAAAGCAUCAAGUCUGUUGUUCAACCUCAAAGACAACAGAAAACGGGUCAAGAGCACAUAUACUCCUUCCAAAUUUACAAGUUUAGAGAUAACAGACAGGACUAAGCAGCCCUCAAUCCUAGAUGAUCUUGAAUCCGGAUUUUCUGAUACGUCAACGUCCCAAGCGACCAUUCAGCAGUAUUCUACAGACUCUUGGGAAGCUGGUAACGUAGUCCAGCAAACCUAUGAAGCUCGUCUAUCUCAAACCGAAGAACACCAAGUGUAUUCUGAUGGAUUACACGAUGACGUGACAUUAGCAUCCCAUUACGGUGCUGGUAAUUACAAGGUCUCAUAUGGGGGCUCACAGAGUGUGUCUCUCCAUCCAGAUACAGAGUACGAUUUCUCACAACAUUUGUCUUCAGCACAGAAUAAAAGUGCUGGAAAUUCAGACGGUCAGAUUUAUGGCCUCAGUAAAAAAGUCAGCCCCACAAGGCCAGAAAUAGAAAACAACUUUCCAGAAGCCACCACACUACACCCUCCAGCACACAGUCUGUCAGCUCAAGUGUCAGAAAAAUGGGCCUUCAGCAGGAGAGAAUUGGGUCAUCAUGAAUUCACAGACAGACAAAACGUGGUGAGAAAAACAAAUUAUGGAUAUACCACCAAUCCAGCCACUGAAGAAAAGCUUGGUUGGGAAAACCGAGAACCUCCUACCACUGGGAUUAAAGAUUCGCUGACUUUUAAAGGAGAGAUAGCUGCUCUGAUUGAAAGGGAUAAACAAAGGAAAGCCACUGCUAAGCAAUACCUACCUUCAGCCAAUGGCAACUACACCACAGGAAAGGAAAACUACAUAAAUAAAGUGAAUGAGGACAUAAAACAGGGUCGGCUUGUAAAAGAGGAGGAGGACCAGGACACAGAAGGAUUUUUACAGAAACAUCCAUACACAACCAAACCUGCACGAGGUAAUCCAACAAAUGGACCCUCAGCAUCUCACCUCAAUUCGUAUGAAUUCCAAAAUAAUGCUCACCACAAAAUGACACCAUCAUCUUUGUCAUCAUCAUCCUCUUUAUCUCCUCCGAAAGAAUCAAGCUUUAUUGGACAGAGAAAUAUGAAGUAUGCUACAGGGAAUAUAACUCCUGAAAAAGAUAAUUAUCAGAAAAUCCAUUCUUCAAUUUCAUUGGAGGAGAAACAUCAAACGAAUGAAGGAUCUGUUGCUUAUCAGCCGUACAAAUAUGAGCCAAACAAACAGUGGCAUAUCGCAGCAAUUGAAAACAGACGCAAUACAGACAAUGUGAAUAUACCAUUACAACAGCAGCCAGCCCAAACACAUUAUGCACACCCUAUAUUAGAUAUAUCUGAGUAUCAGCAUAAAAACAUGGCAUAUGCAACAACAAGAACGACUCAAAGAAAUGUAUUUACAGAAGAUAGAGCCAAGUCUGUAGAACACAAGCCAUUUGACUCUAUGGCUCCCAAGCUGACAUAUCAAACAACGCAUGGGGACACGCAAGAGUCACAAGCAAGAGAAGACAAAUUUAGCAUUAAUGAUAUUCUUUCCGUCAGAGACAAUGAACAAGCAAAGCGAAUGAGAGAAAAUAAGCUAAAUAGUUUCCCUGCAAGCAUUAGUGACCCUACUAAAUUAGAUAAUCAAGUGUUUCCAGGUACAUCUGCUAUAGUUGAAGAAACAGCACCAAAAUUAGAUGCAUCUAAAGUAUCACAAGAUACUUCCUAUCUCUACAAACAUGAAAACGCAAAUGCACCAUAUGGUUACAUCAGAAAGGAUUCUUAUAUCCAAAAUGAAGGUUUCGUAAAUCACGGGUUAGUCAUGAAGGACAAUAGUAUAAAGCCAGGGAUAGAAACAUUUAUACACAAAGAGAAUGAUAAGAUCAUACAAAAAUCACUUUCAUACAAAGAAAGAAGCCAAACCAAACAGGAGAUACUUACAUCCAAAUUGAAGGCACAUGCUCAGAAGGAGAUAUCAGCCAUUAAAGAAAAGGGUCUGGCUAAACAAGGCAUUUUAUCAAGAAAUUCAGUAAAGCAAAAUGCAGCUGUAAACAGUGCAAAAGCACAAGUGAUCCAGGAAGUUCUGUCGCCAAAGAAAGAAAUAACUGCAGAAAAACUGAAUCACCUUUUUCAAGACAUCACGUAUUCGAGUGUAACUUUACACAAAGAUAGAGAUGACGCGAAAUACGAACCUCUUACUACAGAAGAAUUUAUAUUACCUAAAGGAGCCACAUGGCCACAGGCAGACGUUGCACUCUCUGAGAAAAAUAAUGAAGCGGUGAAGGAUGAUAAACUUGGGAAAGAAAAUACAAAUGUACAACCCCUUCCUCAAGGGAUGCUGCGUCAAGAUGAAAAUAUUACAGCAGCAGGAAAGAAGCAUUCAACUUCUGAGGUCCAGAAUGAAUUAACUAUGAUGUCCACCAGAGCAACAGAACCUGUAAAUGAAAGCAUUGACUGUGAUCCAGGUCCACCAGUCAAACAUCUUACACAAUCUCCAGCUGUCAAGCCUCUUAAAAAAGAGGCAUCAAAAGAACCUGUCAAGACCGAAGAACAAAUGUCUUCUAUCCUACCUACAACAUACAGUAUAAAUGCAAAUACUGCAAAAGAAAAGGAACAUCUGAAAAAUGUUGGCUUUGAUAAACCUUACACUCCUACCUCCUACAGCAGUUUAGAGCAGGUUAAGACUCUUGAUCAUUCUGUAAAGAAAGAACAAGAAGAACAGUCCUCAAAUGCCAAAGUGGACAAAACUACUGUCUACAGUGUUCCAACCGAUACAAAGCACAAAGAUGUUGCAGAAACAACCAGACCCCAGGUGGAAAGUCCACACUAUGCAAAUCAAAGCAGCAGUGCUGGGAAAGAAAGGCCUAGAAAGGAAUCAAGUGAAACCAAGUUUGGAAUAAGUGCAAAGCAAGUAAAAUCUCCAUCAGAGGAAGCUCCCUCUGCUUCUUCAGAUAACAAAACUGGUCCUCCUACUAAAUACAUGACAAACUCUACAAAAGAAGAGGAAAAGCAUUUAAGUAGAGAUGCCUCGUUCAAUGCUAGUGGAGCAUCUACAAACACAAAGACUCCAGAAACUAAAGGAAAAGAAGAUCUAUGGUUGGGUGCAAACCAAGAUUUUAAGAGGCAAUUAGAUAACACAUCUAAAAAACCUAAAAAUGAAGAGGCUGUUAUUCAGAAUUCAAAUUCAGUUAUUCAGAAGCUUCAGCCAAAACUAUUUGAAAAUGCAGAUAGAAACAAAGAAGCACUCCCAACACCAGCCUCAAUUAUACAAGACAAUAUAUCUAACAACAAAGACACUGUUAUGCAGAAGCUUCAGCAUGUUGAUGCAUCUAAAGCCAUGCCAUUUGAAAACGAAGAUAGAAUCAAAGGACAGCAUCAAACAACAGAAUCGAAUAAACAGGACAAGAUAUCCAAAAAUGAAGACUCCAGUGGUCAGCAUCUUCAGCAUGUUGAUACACUUAAAACAAAGUCAUAUGAAAAAGAAGAUAGAAAGAAAGGAAACCAUGAAACAUCAGAAUUAAGUAAACAGGACAAGAUAUCUAAAAAUGAAGACACCAGUAUUCAGCAUCUUCAGCAUGUUGAUACACCUAAAGCAAAGUCAUUUGAAGGUAGAAACAAAGGACAGCAGCAAACCUCAGACUCAAAUAAGCUGGAGAAAAUAUCUAAAAAUGAAGACUCUGUUAUUAAGAAGAUUCAGCAUGACGAUACACUGAACGUAAGGUCAUUUGAAAAUGCAGACAAAAACAAAGAAAAGCAGCAAAUCUCAGACUCAAAUAAGCUGGAGAAUAUAUCUAGAAAUGAAGACUCUGUUAUUCAGAAGAAUCAGCAUGUGGAUACACCAAAAGUAAAGGCAUUUGAAAAUGCAGACAGAAACAAAGAAAAACUUCAAACAUCAGAAUCAAAUAAACAAGACAAAAUAUCUAAAAAUGAACACUCCUCUGUUCAGCAGCUCCAACAGGAUGAUGCACCUAAAGUAAAGUCCUUUGAAAAAGAAGAUAGAAACAAAGGAAAGCAUCAAACAACAGGAUCUAAAAAAGAGGAAAAGAUAUCUAAAAAUAAAGACACCAGUAUUCAGCAGCUCCAGCAGGUUGAUACACCUAAAGCAAAGUCAUUUGAAAAUGCAGACAGAAAUAAAGGCCAGCUUCAAAUCAAAUCAAAUAAGCAGGACAAACUAUCUAAGAAUGAAGACUCUGUUAUUAAGAAGAAUCAGCAGGUUGAAACACCUAAAGUAAGCUCAUCUGAAAAUGCAGACAAAAACAAAGAAAAACUUAAAACAUCAGAAACCCAUAAACAGGACAAAAUAUCUAAAAAUGAAGACUCUGUUCUUAAGAAGAAUCAGCAGGUAGAUACUCCUAAAGCAAAGUCAUUUGAAAAAGAAGAUAGAAACAAAGAAAAGCAUCAAACAUCAGAUUCAAAUAAGCUGGAUAAAAUAUCUAAAAAUGAAGAAUCCACUUUUCAGAAGCACCAGCAGGUUCAUACACCUCAAGCAAAGUCAUUUGAAAAAGAAGAUAGAUGCAAAGAAAAGCAGCAAACCUCAGACUCAAAUAAGCUGGAGAAAGUAUCUAAAAAUGAAGAUUAUGUUAUUGAGAAGAAUCAGCAUGUGGAUACACCAAAAGUAAAGUCAUUUGAAAAUGCAGACAGAAACAAAGAAAAGCAGCAAACCUCUGACUCAAAUAAGCUGGAGAAAAUUUCUAAAAAUGAAGACUCUGUUAUUCAGAAGAAUCAACAUGUGAGUGCACCAAAAGUCAAGUCAUUUGAAAAUGCUGACAGAAACAAAGGAAACCAUCAAACAUCAGAAACAAAUAAAGAGGAGAAAUUAAAGUCUGUAUCUGCUGAAGCAAAUGGAAGUUUUCUGCUUGAAGAACUUAAACAUCGGGCUAUAGACAAACCACACUCAGAAAAACAUAAAAAGGAGGAAAUCAGAGAUUCAAAAUACCCAAACAGUCCAUUAGUAAAGGCUGAUAAAGUAACAAGAAGCAGUGAUAUUCAACGUCAACAAGACAAUGAUAGACCAUUGAGCCGGGAAAAACAGAUUAAAAAUGAGAAGGACUUCAGUGAGCAAGACGAAAGUCUAUCUAAGGAAAUGAAACCAGCCAAAGACAAAAGUAAAGUGACUAAGAAUAACUCAAAACCCACAGACUCCAUAGCUGAAAAACCAACAGAAAAGCCCAACUCACUAAAUGUUCCAUUAAAUAAUGCAGCUGAACAGAUGAAUAACCAGACAGCACAAGACAAAUGUUCUGACUUCAUAAAUCUUGGAGCUGAAAGCAAAGAAGAAAGCGCACCAGCAGAUGAACCUGUAAUAUACAGUAUAUGUAUAUCAAGCAAAUCUGAUGUUGUUUCAGAGGACGAACCGGUAAUCUAUACCAUUUGUGUGUCAAGCAUAUCUGAUAGUUCCAUGACAGAUGGGCCUGUAAACCAAGAUACUCAUAAUUUUGGUGAAAAACAGCUUUCAUCAGAGGGAGCUGAGAAAGAAGGAGAAACAUCUGGUAAUAAAAAUGAGGAAACAGAAACAGCCCGUCUUGAAAGUAAAGCAAGUGACGACGAAAAGGCCAGAGCAUCUUUCAGUUCUGACAAGGCAGAAAAAGAAACAGAAAAAGAAGCAAUAAGAAAGUAUGACUCACCUGCAACAAGAGAUAAACAGGAUUAUUAUAGAUCAAGUGAGGUGAACAAUAUUAGUUCAUCUUAUGAGAGCCUUUUGGCCAAAUAUGGGCUUUCUAUUAGAGAGAAGGUUCAUCACAAAUCAGCACAAAAAGAACCAGAAAAAAUGCAAGAAAAAGAAAAGGAAGAAUUUACAAAUAAUCUCCCUACAAAAUUACCUGAAAAGCCAUCUUCAUCUGUCAGUGCUGAUGCUGCUGAGCGACAUUGUCAGGAAUCAAGAAAACAGAAGCUUCCAGAAGAAACAUCUGAACUUUUGAAGAAAGGAGAAGAACAUGGACAAAAUAUUACUCAGUCACAGAAACAUAGUGAUGGAUUGACACUAGAAGCUGCUGGAAUCAUGAACACAAAAGAUAAAAAGCAACUCGAACUACAAAAUGAACCAGAUAAACAGGCAUUAUCUAAAUCAAAAGUCAUGAAAACCUGUGAAGACAAUCAGGAUACUCAGCUUUCUAUUUAUUCAAAGCAAAACAAAAGAAACGACAGUGUUGAACUGGAUAAGACAAAGCAGGUUGGACAGAAAGUGCAGACAGUAGAUUUAGCAAGGAAAAUCGAGAACAAAACAAAGGAGAAUGAAAAUGAAAGUGUACUUAGCAAAAAGGCUAACACAGUACUGGUGGAAAAUGAGAAGGAUCAUCAAAAAGCUGAAAUUAGGUCUACUACAGUAAUUGGCAAUCACCCAUCUGCAGAUACACACUUGCCCAAGUCUAAAGUCUCUAUGUCUAUAAAAGACAACAAGGCAAGUUCUUCUGUAGUUAAAGAAAUAGCUGAAAAUGAUGCCUCUAACAGAGUUUUAAAGCAAGAUACAAAACAUGUAUAUAAGCUUCAACCAAGCACACCACCAAUUCUGCGUAGGAAGGCAAUUACUGAAACAAUUAAAACAAAAGAACCAAAGAUAGAAUUUAAAAUGAAUAAAAAAGGUGAUUGUGAAGGAGAUGUAGUCAAACCAGAGAUACUGACUAAAGAACGUGCCCCAACAAAAGACGACAAAGCUUUACAAAACAGCCAAAAAGAGCUUGGAGUCUCAAAAAAUGAACUCCCAGUACAGGAGCAGGCCAAAUUCAACACAAUCAAUUCAAAGACAGUCAAUGAAACAAAAGACAGAUGUGAGACUGGAAUUAAUGCCUCCGGUAAUAAACAGACAGAGAGAUCAGUCCAGGAGAAUUGUAGUGUUAGAGAGGAUCUACAUAAAAAUGCCUCUACCACCGUCAAGGCAGAUCAGAAUCUAUUUAAAGCACCAAAUAAACUCUUGGAAGACCCAAAAGUGAAUAAAGAUCAGCACAAAUUAAACGCAGACAUCUCCACAGUGCAGGACAGAAGGCUUGAUCAACAAAAACAAAUUAAGACAGAUAGCAUGAGUGCCAGAGAUAUGGUCUUGCCUAAACUUCCAAAUUCUCAAAGUGUAACGCCUCAGAAGGUCGCAGGACAAAAACCUCAAACUAUCACAAGUCCUACUGAGAGUGUGGUCUUGUCUAAACUUUCAAAUUCUCAAAGUGUAACGCCUCAGAAAAUUACAGAACAAAAACAUCGAACUAUCACAAGUCCUACCGAGAGUAUGGUCUUGCCUAAACUCUUAAAUUCUCAAAGUGUAACACCUUAUAAGGUUGCAGAACAAAAACCACAAACUAUCACAAGUCCUACUGAAAGUAUGGUCUUGCCUAAACUUCCAAAUUAUCAAAGUGUAACGCCUCAGAAGGUUGCAGAACAAAAAACACAAACUAUCACAAGUUCUACUGAAAGUGGUUCAGAAUUCAGAAGUCAGAAAAAUAAAGGUGAAUCGAUACCUAGACAGAAAGAAAAUAUUAAAGAUGAUAAGGAUAAUGUUAAGGAUAAUGCAUAUGCUAAUGUAAAUAGGGAUAAUGCCAAGAAAGCACACCCAGUUAAAGUUGAGAAAGCUACAGAAGGUGAAUCAAAUAAGAAUGACAGUCUAAAAGAAAGAACAGCUCAGCCACAAGUCAGAAAGGAUGAUACAGUUACAGCUGACAAAGUUAGGAAAGAUAGUGGGCAAACAAAAAGUAAUGUUGGUGCUGUGGUGGAUAAAGAUAGCAGUCAUAGCAUUAAAGAGAAGACAGGAAACACUGGAGAAGGUUCACAGGUCAAACAUGAUGGACAUGAUCGUGUUAAUGUUUACCAGUAUCAUCCAGGGAAAGGCUUUCUGCCAGAAACAAAAACAAAUACAUAUGAUGAACAAAACUGUAUUGAAACUAAUCUCCAUGAUAUGGUGCCUAAGAAGAAAGAGGUAAUUUCCACUCAGAAAUCAGAGGCCAUACAGAAGGAAAAGAAACCAAAUAGACCAGAUAUAUCAGCUAUAGCAGACUAUGCUAGACUAAGGGUCAUAUCUGUUGAAGAUGAGAAUGCUAGUGAGAAGGACUUGCUUGAAAAACUGGACACCUACCGCAAAUAUAAUUCAUCAUCUGUAGAACCAGAGAAAAGUUUACAAGGGAAUCGGCCCAUUCUUGGUGCUGAGGCAAAACGAGAUUUAACUUUAUAUAAAAGUAAGGAGAAUGAAAGUCAGACAGCAAAGCCUUUACAAGUUCAUGAACGUGAAAGACGUUCAUUUCAAAGAAGCAGAGUUACAGAGGCAGUACCUGAGGGACAUAAUCAGUUCACACCCCGGGAGGAGACUGUUGCUCAAGCAAAGGUUUUUUCACAGGCGAAAAGCUCAGACAAUAGAAUUUUUGCUGUUGAAGAAUCAGGAAGCACUAAAGACAAGGCAUUAGCCAAUCAAAUUUCAUCAAAUACGAAGAUACCUGCCACUGAACAACACUAUGAAUAUCAAAGACGUCAUGAACUCCAUCAGUCCCUAGUUCCACAAGCUAAGCAUACUCUGGUGUCGAAAGUUGAAGGCAAGAAUGAUGAUGCAAAUAUCAUAAGACAACGAGUUCACAGCAAACUAUUGGACAAAGAGUCUCAAAAUCAUGUUCAAAAUCCAGAAUCUCUACCACAGACAACGAUGGUAAGCACAAAGGCAAGCCAUGAAGAGAAUAAACAAGCAGACAACAAAGUAAAUGCAUUACCAGUUUCACCAGAAAUGAACGACACAGAUAAAGGUGAUGAGCUUCAGUAUUACAUUGUUAGUACCAUGGAAAGUGAACCAAAACCAUCAAAUGAUAAAAUCUCUUCAAAGAAAGAUGUACCUGAAAUUGAGACAACAAGACCACGGUCCAAUGUGUCCUCUCCAGCCAUGGGGAAGCCCAUUAUGUUCAAAGUGAAAGAUAACACUAUGCGAACAUCCUCUGUUACUAAAACUGUAAAGCCACGUUUCCAUAGAUCAUUUUCUGAGGAAUUAAAGGUCAGCACCUCUAAAGAUGUCUGGAGUGGUUUGGAGAAAAUUGAACCUGACCUUGAGUAUCAUCCCAAAGAGUCGGCUAACCCUGCUAACCCUCAGGUCUUGCAUGAACCAGUGGUUGUUUCACAUGGACUUCCGAGAGCAAGAGAGUUCCAGCCCCAAAACAGUUCAUCUCUCACAGCUGCGAGAGAUGCCCGAAGUUACCACAGAAGGAGUCAAGGCUUUGAGGACGAGGAUAGUCGCUCUGUUAUCAGCACUCUGUCAGAGGAUGUGGAGAGUAUUGCAGGGAGCUCUGUUGUUAUGGGAGACAGUACGGGAUUACAUGAGAUGAGAAGUAGCAGAAGCACCUACGACAGGCCGGAAUCAUCCUGCUAUGAAAGGCCAGCUUCCUCCUGCUACGAAAGGCCAGAAUCGGCUUGUAGUGAUAUAAGAUCAAUGGGCAAACCACCUACUGUUCCUCCUAAAUCUGAAAAGGCCUUGCGACGUGCUCAGAAGCUUACGACAAGGAGGAUCAAAAAGGCAGAAGCAAAGAUAACUACUGAUAGCCAAGAACAGCUUGAGAUCAGCAAGCCUGUCCGAGCUUUCUCCAGUUUGCCUUCUUCACCUAUGGAGCUUAUAUCGACAAAUAACGCCAUACAGGCCUCACCUCCCAUACCUCACUACCAUGUUGACCCAAACUAUGCAGCUCCUGCCCCCAGCCUUGUGGCCCAUCCUUUCCCAGUGACCCAAAGAAAACUCCUGCAAGAUCCAAACUCAGGGCAGUACUUCAUGGUGGACAUGCCAGUACCGCAUGUCAAGACGAAGAUGUUUUUCGACCCUGAGACGGGUAAAUACGUCCAGCUCAAUGUGCGGCAGAGGACUCAGAGCGCCCUAUCCCAGCCCCAGUCUGUGGAGGUGUUGAAUCACUCUUAUGUCGUGUACCCUGGCUUUCUGCCCAUGUCUGUAUCAACCUUACCUACUUUAAGGUCAUCGUCCCAGAUGUCAGCACCAGCCACACUUGUGGAAGAACCCAAUAAGCUAGAAGCAAGCAGGGAAUCAGGAAGGCAGGAAAAUUGCUACAAUAACAACAAUGCUGCGUAUGGGUCACUCGAACAUUCAGGCUAUGAAGAACAAUCUCUGUACAAGCAAAAUAACGCCAAGCUCACCCCAAAACAUACCAGUAUCAUAACAAUGAGUGAAUUAGAGGACUUUGCCAUGGAGAGCACCUGAUCACCUGAUCACCUAAACUUGGCUGCCUGGUGUCUAUCUGAAGUAAAUGUAAAACUGUUUUUGUAUGUACUCAAAGAUGAGAAAAUUUGAAUGUAUAUUUGACCUAUUUAAAUGAGAACCUCUUCACGGUUCAUUAGCUAAAUACCUUGUUGUGCUGUUUGAGAAUGACUUUAAGGCUUGCUGUUAAAGUGCAAUGGUUUAUACAGUUGCAAUCUGUAGCAAUAGUAAAUGCAGGGUUAUUUAUUAUUAUAUUGUGACAGUGUUCAGGACAGAUCUGUUAAGCAUUCCAUUUUAAAAGUGUUUAGAAAAAAAAGGUUAAAUAAUUUAACAGUGUACAUGUAUAUAAUCUCAUGGUGUGCUUAAGUGCUUAACAACUAGCUUCAACUGCACUGUCUGGACAUGUUGCACCACCAAGUGAGGAAAAGGCAUCUUUUCUGUAGAAGAACAAACGUUCUUAAUAAUAGUUACUGGACUCCUCAGUCAGUGCUGUAUAUCAACACCAAUUUAAAUAUUUAACUAAAUUAAACAUAUGCUUUCUUAUGUGACUGUGAGAUUUACAGUGGUUGGAAUUAACAUAACUUAAUCUUGAUGUACAUUAAGGUAAUUAUGCAAUAUGAAAUGCAUAAAAUGUGAUUUUGUUCAGAUUUUAAUGGUAAGAUACUUACCGCUAAUGAAAAAGUCAGCCCUACCUAAUUGUAUUUCAAAUCUAUCAUACAGUUAAUUGCCUUUUUGAUAAAACUCAGUAACUCGUCUUCUGGUUUAGUUGAGUUUUUUCAACAAUAAAUUGGUGAAUUGAGUGAAAAUCAUCAGGUGUAUUCUGUAUGACUAUGCUCAUAUAUGUGCUAUUAUAUUUGUAAAUUACACUUUUGUGUAUUUUUUCAGGCACGUUACAGCACCUGGUUAAUAAAAAAACAAUGAAUGAAAAUUUGGUUUGCUACAUUAAUCUUUCUUUAUGGCAGCAGUGAUUUUUAAUAUA